GUGGAGAUCAACCUGAAGCGUUACCCCACGCCGUACCCCGAGGACCUGAAGAACAUGGUGAAAUCCGUGCAGAACCUGGUGAGCAAACCCAGCCUGGGCGUGCGGCCCGAGAGCGCCGUGCCCAGCGCCAACCCCGAGCCCAGCGCCAAGGACAAGUACGAGCACAAGUGGCCCCUGACCCCAAAGGAGAUCUCUGUGGAGGAUCCCUUYGGACACCCCGCCAGCGAGAUGAGGAUAGGGGAGCUCCGUCCCUCCAUGCCCGAGACGCCGCUCUAUCCCCCCAAACUCGUCCUGCUGGGUAAAGACAAGAAAGAGUCGACAGAUGAGUCUGAAGCAGAUAAGAUCCAUUGUCUGAAUAACAGCGUUUCCUCAGGCACUUACUCAGACUAUUCCCCUUCCCAGGCUUCCUCAGGCUCCUCCAACGCGCACGUAAAAAUGGGCUCGCUGCAGACCACGGCUAAGGAAGCAGUGAAUAACUCUUUGUGGGGGAACAGGCUGGCGCAGUCGUUCCCGCAGCCCCUGGAGACCAAGCCAUUGCUGAGCCAGCGGGAGGCGGCUCCRGCCGGGAGCGUCCCGGCGCGCCCGGAGCGGCGCCCGCUGAGCGAUGCUUUCACCGACAGCUGGAACGACGGCUCCCACUACGACAACACGGGCUUCGUGGCCGAGGAGAGCGGCGCCGAGAGCGCCGGCACCAACCCUCUGCUGAGCAGCAAGUCCAGGAGCUCCUCGGCGCACGGGCGCCGGCCGCUGAUCCGGCAGGACAGGAUCGUGGGGAUCCCGCUGGAGCUGGAGCAGCCCGCGCUCAGAAACACACACGACUCUGAAGUGCCUCCUCCCAACCCUUGGCAAAAUUGGACCAGAACCCCCAGCCCUUUUGAAGACAGGACAGCUUUUCCUUCCAAACUGGAAAGCACCCCCAACACCAGCCCUUUGCCCGAGCGGAAGGAUCACRUCAAGGAGUCCCCCGAAAUGACGGGCACUUUCACUCCGGGAAUCCCGUGGGAGUACCACGACCCCGGCGCCAACAGGAGCCUCACGAACGUCUAUUCCCACGUGCACUGUCGCCCGGACCCCGCCAAAAACGUCAUCUCCAUCAGCAAGAGCACGGAGCGGCUCUCCCCSAUGAUGAGGGAUUUAAAAACGAACAAGUUCAAGAAGUCGCAGAGCAUCGACGAGAUCGACAUCGGGGCGUACAAGGUGUACAACAUCCCCCUGGAAAACUAUGCAUCCGGCAACGACACGGUGGGCCCGCACGAGAGGGUGGACAAGCUGCUGGGYCCGGAGCACGGCGUGCUCAGCAUGUCCCGCAGCCAGUCCGUGCCCAUGCUGGACGACGAGCUGCUGACCUACGGCAGCGUCAAAACGCAGCCGCAGCACCGCGCCUCGGCCGCCACCAAGAAGGUUUAUCAGUUCGACCAAAGCUUCAACCCGCAGGGCGCCGUGGAGCUGCCGGCYGACAAGCGGCUCUUGCCUCCCUUCCAGCUCAACGCCGACUACCUGCCUCAACCGGCCAAGGGCCUGCCCCAGGAGCUGGUGAGCCCGCGGGGCUACCGCGGCUACGCGCCCGCAGAGCCCGUGUUCUCCUUCUCGCAGCCCUCGGUGGGCGAGGAGCCGGCGGCGGCGCCGUUCCCCGGGCCGGCCACUCGCCCCGGGUUCCUGCGCAGGGCGGACUCGCUGGUCAGCUCGGCCGAGAUGUCCAUGUUCCGCAGGGUGGCCGAGCCCCAGGAGCUGCCCGGGGCGGACAGGUACGGCCGGGCUGCGUUCCGCGGUGCCGCCGAGCGCCAGGGUGGAGUGGCCGUGCCCGAGGCGCAGUUCCUCAAGCGCAACGGGCGCUACGAAGACGAGCAYCCUUCCUACCAGGAAGUGAAAGCCCAGACCGGGAGCUUCCCGGUCAAAAACCUCACGCAAAGGAGGCCCCUGUCCGCACGAAGCUACAGCACAGAGAGCUACGGCACGGCCCAAGCGCGGCCGGUCUCAGCGAGGCCCACCAUGGCAGCUCUGCUGGAAAAGAUUCCGUCAGACUAUAACUUGGGUAACUAUGGCGACAAGCCUUCCGAUAGCAGUGAUAUAAAGCCGAGGCCUCCCCCCGGGAAGGGAAAUGAGAGCUGUGCUAAAAUGCCCGCUGACUGGAGACAACAGCUACUUAGACAUAUAGAAGCUAGAAGGUUAGACAGGAGCGCUGCUUACAAACACCACACAGUUAGCCUUGGCAUGCUGCACUCUGGAGGGGUUCCAGCCAUGCAUGCCGGCCGAAGCAUGACUUUAAACUUGCAGCCUAAAUCUAAAUUUGAAAACCAAAUGCUUCAAGAGCUACCUCUACCGCAAAGCCCGUCGCAGCAGAGCGGCCUCCUGGACAACGGGCAGGACGAGGUGGCCGUGGGCAGCCCCUGGAACCCGUACCCGCUGGGCAGGCGGGAUGUGCCCCCCGACACCGUCACCAAGAAGGCAGGUAGCCACAUCCAGACGCUGAUGGGGUCGCAGAGCCUGCAGCACCGCAGCCGCGAGCAGCACUACGAGGGGGCCAUGAACAAGGUGACGAUCCAGCAGUACCAGCCGCCGCUGCCCAUCCAGAUCCCCGUGUCGCAGAGCUCCCGGGCCCCGCAGCCCCAGCGCUGCCUCAUCCAGACCAAGGGCCAGCGCAGCUCCGACGCCUACCAGGAGCAGUUCUGUGUGAGGAUAGAGAAGAAUCCUGGCCUCGGCUUUAGCAUCAGUGGUGGAAUAAGUGGGCAAGGAAAUCCGUUCAAACCUUCUGAAUAGGGUAUCUUUGUUACUAGGGUUCAGCCUGACGGCCCCGCAUCCAGCCUGCUGCAGCCCGGAGACAAGAUCCUACAGGCCAACGGACACAGCUUUGUGCACCUGGAACACGAGAAGGCUGUGCUCCUCCUCAAGAGUUUCCAGAACACAGUAGACUUAGUUAUCCAACGUGAGCUUACUGUCUAAAUAUUUUUUUAUAAAUAGUAAAUACGUCUAGCCAGAUCUAAUGUUCAGACAGAUUUAUACAUAGGAAACCAAUUUUUUUUUUUUUUUUUUUGCCAAUUGCUGGACCAAUGGCAAACGGUAGUGCCAAAUGUAUAAUACUCUAUGUUAGUACCAAUCAUCGGGAGGAAAUAUAUGAAUUAACUCUAUAAAUAUAUUGUUCAUGUGGCUCCGUAUUAGUUUUACUCGUCAGCCUCUGGCUGUGCAUUGGUGCGUUUUUUUAACCGAGUUCCUUCUUAAAAAAAAAAAAAAAAAAGUCGAUUUCAUAUGAUUUCAGAACACAGAAGCACAUACGAGUCCUUUAGGAAUUCUGCUGUCCAUCAGAAACACUGCCUCAAAGUUGUAAAUGCCUUUAUAAAAAUGAAAUAUAUUAACCUGUACUUCCCAUGAAAUAUUUCUAUCAUGUCUAGCAUACGAAAGUAUAGAGAAGAAAAUAUUUUCAUAAACACCUCAAAGAAAGUAUAUAUUAAAUUAAAUUUAAUAAUGUUCGUUUAUUUUCAAUGCAAAGAUAUUCUAUGCCUUAUGAAAAUACCUGUACAUAAUGCCGUGUGUAUAGCUGGCUCCGUAGGGAUCAGGAACAAUUCAGACACAGGGUGAGAGACUUCUCCACUUGUAACUCUGGGACCUCGGGACAAGGAACCCGCGUGGGAAUGGUGGACAUCCCCUCUGGAAUGGGGUAAAUCCUUCU